CCUCACCUUCUCCUGCACCCCCCAUAUAGACUCUCUUAUCACCUGCUACAAUGGCUGCGAUUAUAAAAGAAAUGGUCAGUCGGAACAAAAGGAGAUACCAGGAGGACGGUUUCGACUUGGACUUAACAUAUAUCUACCCAAACAUUAUUGCUAUGGGCUUUCCAGCAGAGCGACUCGAAGGCGUGUACAGAAACAAUAUAGAUGACGUAGUACGGUUUUUGGAUUCGAAGCAUAAAAACCAUUACAAAAUCUACAACCUCUGCGCAGAAAGACACUACGAUGCUGCCAAAUUCAACUGCAGAGUUGCACAAUACCCUUUCGAAGAUCACAACCCCCCUCAGCUGGAGCUAAUUAAGCCAUUUUGCGAAGACUUGGACCAAUGGCUCAGCGAGGAUGACAAUCACGUGGCGGCCAUCCAUUGCAAGGCCGGCAAGGGCCGCACCGGGGUCAUGAUCUGCGCCUAUCUGCUCCACCGCGGCAAGUUCACGGAGGCCCAGGAUGCGCUCGACUUCUACGGGGAAGUGAGGACACGGGACAGGAAGGGGGUGACAAUCCCGAGCCAGCGCCGAUACGUGUACUACUACAACUACCUGUUAAAGAACCAGCUGGAGUACAAGCCGGUGGCGCUGCUGUUCCACAAGAUGGUCUUCGAGACUCUCCCCAUGUUCAGCGGGGGCACCUGCAGGGACAGUACCGUUAAAAACAGGAGCGAGCCGACCCCUCAGGGCUUCAAGAAAGGGAAUUGGCAUUGGGAUCCGCAGUUUGUCGUAUACCAACUCAAAGUGAAGAUCCACACGUCGAACCCGGCUCACACCAGAAGGGAGGACAAGCACAUGAUAUUCGAAUUCCCCCAGCCGCUGCCCGUUUGUGGCGACAUCAAAGUGGAGUUCUUCCACAAACAAAAUAAGAUGAUGAAGAAGGACAAAAUGUUCCACUUCUGGGUGAACACAUUCUUCAUUCCUGGACCAGACGAGAGCGGGGAAAAGAUGGAGAACGGGGCGGUGAACAACGUGGAGAGCCAGCAAGGAGCGCCGGGCCUGGGCCAGGUCCAGGCCCAGGUCCAGACCCAGCCGCAGGGCGCCGAGACCAGGGACGGCUGCAGGGAAGGCGACAGGGACUACCUCAUCCUGACGCUCACAAAGAACGAUUUAGACAAGGCUAACAAAGACAAAGCCAACCGCUACUUCUCACCAAACUUCAAGGUGAAAUUGUAUUUUACGAAAACCGUGGAGGAGCCUUCAAACUCCGAGGCUAGCACUUCGACGUCCGUCACCCCAGACGUUAGCGACAAUGAGCCAGACCAUUAUCGAUACUCUGACACCACUGACUCUGAUCCGGAAAAUGAACCUUUUGAUGAAGAGCAACACACGCAAAUCACAAAAGUGUGAACUCUUUUAAAGCAGGAAAAGAAGAAAUUAUACACCUGAAUUUAAAAAAAAAAAAAGGAGAAAACUUGAAUAUAAACUCAAAAGAAGAACCUUUGUCCCUUUCCCUCCCCCAGACGGCAAUAGAAUAUCAUGUCGAAUGCCAAUUUUAGGGAAAAAAAAAAAAAGAUAAAUAUCCUGACCAAUA